AACCGUGGCACACUCCUCUGAUUCACAAUAUAACUCUUCCACCGCAACAUCAAAUUCCCACAGUGGUGAAAACACCAAAUAGAUAAAAAAAAAAAUCAUCUGUUAGGGUUUGUACUAGUAUGGAGAGUGAUCAGGGCCGUAGGAUGAAGGGAUCAGUGAAGUGGUUCAGUGAUCAAAAGGGUUUCGGUUUCGUGACACCUGAUGAUGGUGGUGAGGAUCUGUUUGUUCAUCAAUCAGGUAUUAGAUCUGAAGGUUUUCGUAGCUUAGCUGAAGGGGAACCUGUUGAGUUUGAUGUUGAGUCUGGCGAUGAUGGAAGAACUAAGGCUGUUAAUGUUACUGGUCCUGGUGGGGCCCCUGUCAAAGGAAGUACACGUGGCAGCAGUGGAGGUGAUCGUUAUGGGGGUGGGGGUGGUAGGUAUGGUGGAGGGCGUGGUGGGUAUGGUGGGGGUGGUGGUGGUGGUGGGUGUUACAAGUGUGGUGAAGAAGGGCAUUUUGCUAGGGAGUGUAGUGGGGGUGGUGGGUAUGGUAGUGGGGGUGGUGGGUAUGGUGGCGGUGGCGGUGGAUAUGGUGGUGGGGGUGGGAGAUAUGAUCGCUAUGGUGGCGGCGGCGGUGGUGGUUGUUUUAAUUGUGGGGAAGAAGGGCAUUUUGCACGGUUAUGAAUGCCAAGUUGCUUGUAUUUAAAAUUUUAAACCAUGUAAGGAUCUUGGUUCUUUGUAAGCUUAUGAGAUACUGGAGGGAAUUUUCACGAGAAUGCCCCAACAGCAGCAAUUGCUGAAGAUUGAUAGAGAGUAUAGACAAGAGGGUAAAUGUGUAUAUUCACAUUUUGUACUCUUUUCUCUAUGCUUUCUAGUACUUUUUUUGUCUGGUCAUUUACACAAGGGAUAAACCAUUUAAUGUUUUUGAAUGAUCAUUUGCAUAUGGUCACCUUUUUGCGUGCGUCAAGUAUGAUGAGGAUGUGGUUUCCUUUCUUCUUUUUUUGCUUAUUAGGGUUAGUAGUGGUUUUGGACUAAUGUUUCAGCUUGAAUCUUUUGGGAUGUGUAUACAUACAUGCUUGGGAGAUUUAUCAAUUAUCAAGUGCUAGAUUUUGUUGCC